AUGCCCUUCCCCUCGCUCCGCGCCUAUGACGAGCAAAACUGCAGCCUGCCCCGGCUUCCUCAACGGGGAGAGACAAAUGUGUCUGGUCCACCCAAAGCCCAGCCUCCGCAGCCCAAAUCCGGGGCACAAAGACGAGAUAAUGCCGGAACGUUUACAGGGGGUGCGGCGAUGGAUUUGUUGACGAAGGGGGUUGCGACAAAACCAAAAUGGACAAUGAUCACCGGGGGGGCGAGUAGAACCAAAGCGGGUCAGAGUAAAGAGAAUAAAUUGUCGCCUGGCUUGUCAGAUAGCCAGCAGCAUCCUCAGCAGCAGAGUACAAAGGCGACGAAGCUGGAUGCGGUGUCAUUACUUUUGCGCCAUACACAGCAAGAACAUAAUUCGUCUCACCGGGUACUUCCUGUUGAUGCUAGCUCAGCAUGGGAUGCCCCCCAGGUGGAUCAUUAUGAUAUUCCGCGGACGGACAUGUGGCCUGCUACGCGUGUGCAGGACGUGGAUGACAUUUCGUCCAAUUCCAAUAUAUCUUUGAGCGAUGGGCGAUUUCCGAGUCCUGGGACAUCGGCUGGGCGCUUGGACAUCGGAAAGAAGAAUGUGGACUCAAAGGAGAGUCCUCCUAUUUCCAGUUCAUCGACUCCGUCGCCGCCGCAGCGGAGGCAGGUUCAAUCGCGCAAGGAGGAGAUUAACAAUGAUUUCGAUAACCCGUCUCAGUUUUCCCUGGCUUCGGCCACUACAUCGCCAGCGCCCCCGAAAACUGCCAAGAGUCCGACCAGUGCGGGCUCCGCGUCCCUUCGACGAGAGUCAAAAAGAUCCGCAGCAUUGAAACCGAAGCAGAAACGGGAUGAGAAUGAGCACAUGCCGGCAGGACCGGCCAAUCCGCUCAAUGGAGUUAUGACAGAGCCGCUAAAAUCCGCCAAAACUCCUGUGCUUGAAACCCGUUCAUCCCGCGUUGAACGUGGUCUCAAAAAGCCGGAAGAAGCUAGGGAAAAAUUAGAAGAAGGCAUCACGAUUGAUGAAGCGGUUCGACUCCAAACUGCUCGGCAUUCUACAGGAAUCAGUCGCCCCAUCGAGCGUGCCGUGUCCGUCCACCAACGUGGACCAUUUAAGUACGAAUUGAAUGAUUUCGUACUGCAAAAAGGUCUGGGGCAGGGCGCAUUCGCCAAAGUAUACCUAGUCAAAAGACACAUGGACGGACGACUAUUUGCUCUGAAAUCUAUGAGAAAAGACCGUGUUGUCCACAUGCGCCAAGUGCAGCACGUUCAAAACGAGCGGCAUUUGAUGGAAAAGAUUCACAAUCCCUUCUUGGUUGGGCUGGAAGCGACCUUUCAAGACUCGGGGCAUAUUUAUAUGAUUAUCGAGUAUAUGCCUGGCGGUGACUUGUUCAGUCAAAUAAGGCGGUAUGCAUAUUUUGAAGAACCUGUCGCGCGAUUUUACGCAUCCGAGGUGGCCAUGGCGCUGUCGUAUCUUCACAGCGAGAACAUUAUUUACCGGGACCUGAAACCAGAGAAUGUGUUACUAGAUGCGGAUGGACAUAUAAAGUUGGGCGACUUUGGAUUCGCAAAAGUCGUCGAUGGAACAACGCGGACAUUUUGCGGGACGCCGUCUUACAUUUGUCCCGAGAUUCUCAUGCACAAGGAAUAUACCAGCGCUGUGGAUUGGUGGUCGUUUGGUGUGCUAUUAUUUGAGAUGCUUUCCGGGUGCUCACCAUUCCAGGAAAGUACUGCACCAAAGACUUACGAACGCAUUCUCCAAGGGCGGAUUCAGUGGCCAUCACAUCGGUCAAAGUAUUUUUCGCGGUCUGCAGAACACCUUAUUACAUCGUUGCUUGUGUUCUCACCCCAUAAACGUCUUGGAUGUGUGGACGAGAGCGAAAUUCGAGACCAUCCAUUUUUUGCGACAGUGGACUGGAGGAAAGUCAAAAGUCGCAAACAGAGGCCGUUGAUUGGUAUUGGUAGUGUAAGAAGGUCAUCUAGUUUUGGAGAUGGCUUUUGUGCAGGUUCUGACGAAGAUGGGGUUACCCAGUUUGAGAUCAGUGCAUGGCGUAGUGGUUCUUGGACUGCAGGAGGCGCGGCCACGCCGUUUUCUCCCGAUUUGUUCAAAGAUUUUUAGAAAGGUGUAUGAGCCGGUCUUUUCAUAGAGGCAGCAUUUGUAGCUAGGAUCCCUAUCUGUGAUGGUUUUGCAUAGUUGGAUAGCUAGCAUAGCCGUAAAUCUAUGUUCGACCGAAUUAUGACCAGCCAGCAUUUUACCUCA